CCGACUGUGCCGUCCUGAUCGUAGCUGCUGGCGUAGGGGAAUUCGAGGCGGGCAUCUCCAAAAACGGGCAGACCCGCGAACACGCCUUGCUGGCCUACACGUUGGGCGUCAAGCAGCUCAUCGUCGGCAUCAACAAGAUGGACUCCACGGAGCCGCCCUACAGCGAGAAGCGGUACGAUGAGAUCGUCAAGGAAGUCAGCGCCUACAUCAAGAAGAUCGGCUACAACCCGGCCACCGUCCCCUUCGUUCCCAUCUCUGGCUGGCACGGCGAUAACAUGCUGGAACCAUCUCCCAACAUGCCUUGGUUCAAAGGAUGGAAAGUGGAGCGCAAAGAAGGCAACGCCAGCGGGGUCUCCCUCCUGGAGGCUCUGGAUACAAUCCUGCCCCCCACUCGCCCUACAGACAAACCUCUACGCUUGCCUCUUCAAGACGUCUACAAAAUCGGAGGUAUCGGGACCGUCCCCGUGGGCCGCGUGGAGACAGGGAUCCUCAAGCCUGGCAUGGUGGUCACCUUUGCCCCCGUGAACAUUACCACCGAGGUGAAGUCGGUUGAGAUGCACCACGAGGCCUUGAGCGAAGCUCUGCCAGGAGACAACGUUGGCUUCAACGUCAAGAACGUGUCCGUGAAGGACAUCCGCCGGGGCAACGUCUGCGGGGACAGCAAAUCGGACCCGCCUCAGGAAGCGGCCCAAUUCACUUCUCAGGUGAUCAUUUUGAACCACCCUGGACAGAUCAGCGCUGGCUAUUCUCCCGUCAUUGACUGCCACACCGCCCACAUUGCUUGCAAAUUCGCCGAGCUUAAGGAGAAGAUCGACCGACGUUCUGGCAAGAAGCUGGAAGACAAUCCCAAAUCGUUGAAAUCUGGAGACGCUGCGAUUGUGGAGAUGAUCCCUGGCAAACCUAUGUGUGUUGAGAGCUUCUCCCAAUACCCACCCUUAGGUCGCUUCGCCGUACGCGACAUGCGGCAGACCGUGGCGGUGGGCGUGAUCAAGAACGUGGAGAAGAAGAGCGGCGGGGCUGGCAAAGUCACCAAGUCCGCACAGAAAGCCCAGAAGGCUGGCAAAUGAAUCGUGGGUACCCCGUGCCUCGCCCAGCACCCAUCGACCCGACCCGGAUGCUGUCAUCUUCCCCCCGAGGCGCAUGUCUACACAUCCGCUUGUAAAAGUUUGUACGUCAACGACUGGAUGCUCACUAUUAAGGUCCAGUGGAAGUUCUUUAAAAGGAAAAGCAUGUCCCAGCGUUCGUGAGCCUCCGUGUUCAAUUUUACCAAUAAAACUGGUACAACAUCCCACUCCGA